CAAAUACAUAUUUGACCCCACCAAAGACCAUUCACCGACAGCUUUUUAGCCCUUUUACACUCUCCUAAAAUCAUCAUCAUCGACAGUUUCUUGCCUGCAUUUCCCUCAAAAUGACAGUCUGUAAUCUGUGAUUUCUCCCAACAAAACCAUCCAAAAAGGAAUGCCCCAUUUGUAAAAGUUUACCCUUCAAAGCAAAAACAGAGCAAUCUUCCACACAAAGAAAAAGCCGCCAACUUUAGUACAGGAAGAGAAAGCCAUAAUUCAUUCCACCCCAUCAAAAACAGUGCUAGAUUUAAUUUUUCUUUUUUUCCUUCAAAGUUUUAGAAAGUAAAAGAAGCAGCUUUCUUUUUUCCCCUGAGUUGUGUGUGAAAGCUUAAGGAACAAUAAACAGAGUAGCCAUCGAAAGGUGAAAAAAAUAAAAAUAAAAAGAAAAAAAAUGGGAGCUUCAAUACCCAUUUUGGUGCUUAUCACUUCCCUUCACCUUAUUGCAUUCGUUUUCGCCGUCGGUGCAGAACGGCGUCGCAGCACGGCUGUGGUUAAGCCGGAUGAGUACGAUGAAAAGACAUAUUGUGCUUACGCAAGCGAUGCUUCGACGGUGUAUGGAUUAUGUGCUUUUGGGUUGCUCCUGAUUAGCCAAACUGUGGUCAACGGGGUUACCAAGUGUUUGUGUUUUGGGAAAGGGAUGAUGGGUGGCAGGACUACUACUUGUGCUGUUUUCUUUUUCAUCUUUUCUUGGGUGACCUUUUUGGGAGCAGAAGUAACAUUACUUGCAGGGUCGGCAAGGAAUGCUUAUCAUACCAAGUACCGAGGCAUAUUUGGUGUCGAUCAUAUGUCAUGUGCUACGCUGCGCAAAGGUGUGUUUGCUGCUGGGGCUGCACUAACCUUGCUGUCAAUGAUAGGUUCCAUUUUCUACUACUGGGCUCAUUCCAAGGCGGACACAGGUGGAUGGGAGAAGCAGGACAGUGAAGGAGUCGGAAUGACUGCAUCCCAUUUUAGGGAGAACCAACAUCAAAUGAAGGACAAUCAGUUUGAGAAUGUCUAAUCAUUUGUAUACAAGUGACUAAGUGAAGUUUUGGGAUUGGAAAAACUGGUAGAUUUUAUAUAGUAGAAUGUAAGUAGUACCCUUGUCUUGCCAUCUUUACAUUGAAGUUUUGUGUCCAUGACUGCAGAUAAACUAAAUCCAAACUGUGUAAUGCUAUCGAAUUAACCUAACUAUUCAAUCACUUAACUGCCGAAUCUCUCUAAAAUAAAUAUUUUCCGUAUUAUUUUUACAUAACAACAACUAAAAGGCAACGGGGAAUAACUUAUUUGACCCAAAGAUGCAAUAUUUGAU